AUGGUGGGGCCGGAUGAUGCCGGAGCUCAGGGCAGCGCAGCCGUGCUUCCCGCGGGCCGGCAGGAGGCGGCGGCGGAGGAGGCGGAGGAGGAGGAGGACGGGGAGCGGGAUGGGAGCCGGGGCUUGAGCCGGAGGAGCAGCGGGCCGGGCCAGGAGCGGCUGCUGCAGCGGUACCUGGCGGCGCUCGGCCCCGCGGCGGCGGGCGCGAAGCGGCGCCCGGAGAAGCCUGUCAACGGGGCCGCCUGCGGCGUGGGCCCCCGCGGGAGGAUGACCAACGGGGACGUCGGCUUCCUGCCGCCGCCGCCGCCCCCCCGGGCAGGACAGGCCGAGCAGGGGCGGGAGGAGCCGGGGCCGGAGGAGGAGGAAGCGAAACUGCAGAACGGGGGCUUCCUCCUCUGCCGGCCCGAGCCGGGGGGCGGCGGGACGCGCCCGGCCCCGCCGCCGGGCACCGCCCUGGAGGAGCCGCUGAGGAGCUGCCGCCUGCGGGCCGAGGCGGAGCGGUGCGGGGGGCCGGGCGGCAGCCCCGAGCCGGGCGGCGCCGGGAGCCGGGCGCAGGCGGCCGCCGGCGCGCGGGCAGCCCGGGGCCCCGCGGCGCCGUGCAGAUUCACGGACGUUAACCUGAACUCGCGCAACACCUACGAGGUGAGCCGCCGCCGCAGCGCCCCGGAGCAGCUGCCCCCCGGAGCGGCGGCGCCCGCGGCGCCGCCGCAGGAGCAGGCGGAGAGGCCCCGGCGGGCGGGCAUCGCCGGCAGCAGCUUCGCCGAGUUCUUCAGCAGAAACUUUUUUGCUAAAAGGACAAAGGAACUCAAACCUGCUGUCCAAAGUGCUCCUGGUUGGAAGUUGUUUGGGAAAGUUCCACCUAGGGAAAAUCUUCAGAAAGAUUCCAAGAUAAUUCAGCAGGAUGACAGUUCUGGCAGUCUUGCGUCAAUAUCUGCUCUCAGUCUAUUAAACACAGGGGAAUAUGAAGCGCGGACAGGAAGAAUGUAUAAACCUCCACCCCCAUCAACAAGACGUAAAAACAUUGAGUUUGAACCACUUUCAACUACUGCUCUGAUUCUGGAGGAUCGACCAGCAAAUCUUCCUGCCAAAUCUGUGGAGGAGGCUUUACGUCACCGACAAGAAUAUGAUGAAAUGGUGGCAGAGGCAAAAAAACGAGAAAUUAAAGAAGCACAUAAAAGGAAGAAAAUAAUGAGAGAGCGUUUCAAGCAAGAAGAGAAUAUCGCUAGUGCUAUGGUGGUUUGGGUCAAUGAAAUACUACCUAACUGGGAAGGCAUGCGUGCUACCCGAAGAGUUCGAGAUCUGUGGUGGCAGGGAUUACCUCCAAGUGUACGUGGGAAGGUUUGGAGUCUAGCUGUGGGAAACGAAUUGAAUAUCACUCCUGAACUCUAUGAAAUCUUCUUAUCUAGAGCUAAGGAACGGUGGAAAAGCUUCAGUGAGACAAGUUCAGAGAAUGACAUAGAAGAUGCAGGUGCAUCUGUUGCUGAUCGUGAGGCGAGCCUGGAACUAAUUAAGUUGGACAUAUCACGCACAUUUCCAUCCCUGUAUAUUUUUCAGAAGGGUGGUCCCUAUCAUGAUCUCCUGCAUAGUGUUUUAGGAGCAUAUACAUGUUACAGACCGGAUGUGGGAUAUGUACAAGGGAUGUCCUUCAUUGCUGCUGUGCUCAUUCUCAAUCUGGAAGAGGCAGAUGCUUUCAUUGCCUUUGCUAACCUUCUAAACAAGCCAUGCCAGCUGGCCUUUUUCCGUGUGGAUCACAGCAUGAUGCUGAAAUACUUUGCAGCCUUUGAAGUAUUCUUUGAAGAAAAUCUUCCCAAAUUGUUUCUUCAUUUCAAAUCAUACAGUCUUACUCCAGACAUAUAUUUGAUAGACUGGAUUUUUACGCUCUAUAGCAAGUCGCUACCACUUGAUCUGGCCUGUCGUGUCUGGGAUGUUUUCUGUAGAGAUGGGGAAGAAUUUUUGUUUAGGACAGGAUUAGGAAUCCUUCGAUUAUAUGAAGAUAUUCUCCUACAGAUGGACUUCAUUCAUAUAGCACAGUUUCUAACAAAACUUCCAGAAGACAUUACAUCAGAAAAGCUUUUUAGCUGUAUUGCAGCUAUUCAGAUGCAGAAUAGUAACAAGAAAUGGGCACAGGUGUUUGCCUCACUAAUGAAGGACAACAAGGAAGGGGACAAGAACCAUAGCCCAGCACUGAAAAGCUAAUCAUCAUAAUGUAGAGGUCAAUUGAAAAUGUGGAAAACCACUUGAUGAAAAAGGAGUUUUUUCCAUCACUUUUAUGUGGAAAGCCACUGUAGAAAAGUGUAAGAAAUGAGAAAGCCAAUAUAGCUCUCAGUGAAGUAAUGAACUGAUGAAAUCUUCAGCCUUUUGCCAGUAUUAGCUUUUUUGUGGGAAGAUCUGUUUCACACAGCAUACUAAAACCUAUGAAACUGAGAAGGGGGGAGUACAUAUUUAAUACUUAAAAAAAAAUCAGCUCAAUGCAAUAAACAUUUGUAAUAACUUCUGUUGGUACUUUAAAAAAUUUUUGAGGCAUAACUUUUUUACAAAUACCACAAAGGCACUUUUUGGGGGGUAAGGAAAAUGCUAAAUCUUAAGGCCCCAAAACUGCUAUCCAGACCAAAUGCUUUGGUACAAACAUUACCUCCAAAAUUAACCAUUUAAAAGUACUGAGGACCAAAUAAGGUUGUUUGGUAUAUGUAUGUGCAAGGUGGAUAAGAUUUGGGAAGGGGUAUUGUUAUUUACUUGUUUUUAAGUUACAGCUUCAUUCUUCAGUCUGGGCAAAUGUAAUUAACUCAGGAAAUGUGGAAGCAUUGUGCCAUAACCAUUUUGAACAAUUUUUUUUUUUAAUUAAAGUGAUAAGAUCAGGGCUAUUCUCAGUGUGUACAGCUUCAAAAUGAAUGGUGUUAAGCGUUUGCUUUGGUGUAUUAGUUGUGCAGCUUAUUAAAAAUGGAGUGGGUAUUCUCUGAAUGGGUUUUGCCACCAGAAGUUUUACUUCAUUAAGCUAUUCUCAAGUAAGAGAGAGAUGCCUGUAUGUACUGGUAAACACUAGAAAUUGAUAAAGCUAUCUACAGACUUUGUAUUGGCAAAGGAGCAUCCACCUUUAACACUUCAGAAUAAUGCAGACAUGGAAUAAGUUUUUUAACUAUCUUUUUAUUACUGUGCAAUACUGAAAUCCGAAAAGCAUAUGGUAUUGUGAUGCUUAAUUAUUUACCAGCUUUUAACUGUGAGAAAUAAUGUCAUACAGUACAUUUCACAGCAGAUAUUUUCAAUGUUUCCUAUUCUCAAAGAAGCACCAUACAACUUUUGAUUGUAGAGAUUGGAAAUUUGAAAUGGAUAGCACUGCAGGUGAGGAACACUUGCACUCUCUUGGUCCGUUUUUGCUAAUAUUUAAUGUAAAUAAAUUCCUUACAUGUGGGUUUUUGUAACUGGUCCCUUUGUGGAAAUCAAGUCAAAACUAUAACUGCAUAUUUUAAGUGCAGGAGGUUUUCAGUUGUCUGGUGUUUAAAAGCAGAGUCUACAUAACUUGGGGUAAAGAUUUAAAUUAGUGUGGUGUAACUUACAUUGCUAUCUGAAUUCAAAGCUACAUAUAUAUUACUCAUAACAUUACAAUUUGAACUUUAAAUGUCAAAUUUUUCUUAACUUAUGUAUUCACUACUUUAAUUGGAUUCAAUUUGUCAUAUAUUUUUGUGUUAACUUGUACAGUUUUCUUACUUUUCAAGUAUAAAUCCCUGUAUAUAACUGUAAAUAGAAGGAUCAAGCCUUCCUUUAAGACCACUAGUAACAGUUCCUGUGUAAAUAAAACUUAUAGCAGAA